AUGAAUUUAACAUUUUUCAUAGUUGAUGAUACCAGAGUCAAACUAGAACCACUAGAAGAUGAUCCUAAUUCAGAUUAUAUCAACGCCUGUUAUAUUACUGUAAGUUAUAGAUUAAUGUCAUUAUAUUAUCAUAUUCCAGGACCCAUUGAAGUUAAUUUGGAAGAGUUUAUAAGAAUGAUAUGGGAUGUUGAUGCUAGUAAAAUAGUUAUGUUAACAAAUCUGUUUGAAAACGCCAUCGAGAAAUGUAAGCAGUAUUGGCCAAAUAUUGGUAAAACACAACAAUAUGGUCAAAUUAACAUGAAACUGAUAAAGGAAGAGGUUUAUGCCCAUUUCACAAUAAGAGAAAUACAAAUAACCAAGAACUCAAAUUCAAGAAUAUUCCGACAAUAUCACUAUACAUCAUGGCCUGAUAAAGGUGUACCAUCUGAUAUUGCUUCAUUGGUUGAAUUCCGUAAUAAAGUCAACAAGUCAUCAUCCAAACGUCCAGGUCCCAUGAUUGUUCAUUGUAGUGCUGGUAUUGGUAGAACUGGAACAUAUUUAGCUUUAGAUUAUCUGAUACAACAAGCUCAAGCUGAAAAUUCUGUAGAUAUUUUUUCUUGUGUAUCACAGAUGAGACAAGAAAGAGUUAACAUGGUCCAGACUGUGGUAAGCUCAGAAAUUUAUAUGGAGAAUAUGCGGAAAAUAAUUUGA